GUGCAAAUCAGACUCACUCUGCACAGAGAGAUGUACAGCACAGAGAUACAGACAUGACACCUACAAUCAUCUCAAAGGAGCAUCUCCCUCUCAACAACAAGGUGAGAAAGCCAACAGUGGAGAAGAUGCGCAGAGAACGUAUCAACAGCAGCAUUGAGCAGCUCAAGUGUCUUCUGGCUCCAGAGUUCCUCAAGCAGCAGCCUGAUACCAAGCUGGAGAAAGCAGAUAUCCUGGAGAUGACCGUCAGUUUCCUGAGACACCAGCAGUCUGUUCUGGACUCCAGUUCACAUGCUGUCAAUCAAGGCUUCUCCAGGUGUGUCUGUGAGAUUGUGCACUUCCUGUCCAAAGAUGAUCUGAAGACACAGAGAAGACACUUCCAGAACCUGCAGAUAUCAUGUGAGCAGAACAGGAGGGAAAGUGUCCUGCCUCAGCUGAACUCCUCAAACCAGAACACCUUCAGUAAAGAGAUGAAUGUCAGCAAGAGCACCGUCUGGAGGCCUUGGUAGAACUCUACAUGAACUGAUCAUGGACAAAACAAUUCUGUUUCCAGUAUGGAAAAGAUAUCUGUACUGUAAAGUACUCUGAUGAUUCAAUCUUCUAUGAAGACUCCAUGUAAAAAAGUCCAGAUGGGAAAAUAUACUGACGUCUAUAUUAGACAACAUUGACUUUUAUAAGAAACUUGAUUUUCCAUUGUUUGUAACAUACUGAAGUUUUAUUCUAAAAGUUGAUACAGAGGCAAUUUGCAUAGAAAAUUUUAUAGGAUAUGUUUUCAUUUUGGAUAUUCAUGUCAUGGCAAGAAUCUGACUCCAUUAUAAACUCUGUGCUGUUUAUAUCAAGUGGCUCAAAUUGGGCUCAAAUUUGACUACGCCUGAUAUUAUCAGCCAAUAGAAACUUUGCGUUUCAUAUUUUAACUUUCUUUCUUUGGUCUAUAAUAGACAUUAAUGAAAUACACCUUGUUUUAAGGGGUUUGUAAGUGUUAAUCUUUUCCUUUACUCUUUUCAUUUGUCAUCAUUAUGCCUUCUGUGAAGGUUUAUUUUUCCAUGAGAAACUUUGGGAAUGUGUCAUGAUGAUGUGUGAUUUUAAUUGAUCCUGUGAUCAUUUGUUCUCUUCUGUGAAGGUGAUUUAAGUUUUAAAAGAUGAAAGCAGUUCAGUGAAUGUAUUUCUGCUGUGAAAUAAAACAAUCAAAUGAACAUAUUUCA